AUGAUGAAUACUCUAAUUCUUAUUUUCUAUUUAAUCAAAAUAACAAGUUCAAUAAGUCUCCAUGUUUCAAAUCCAUUACAACGCUUUGUUUAUGAUGAUUUAACUGAUACAAUUAUUUUAGCAUCUGUAAAUCACAUAUAUUCAUUAAAUGGGAGUGAUCUAUCAAUUAUAUCUGAUAUUGAUCUAUCACAAUCAAAAACAGAUCAUAAUUGUUUAAUAACAAAUAAAACAUCUUUAUCAAAAAAUCUUUAUUAUUUUUCUACAUCAUCAUAUUUAACACCAUCCAUAAAUAAUAUAUUUAAUCAAUUACUUCUUUUAACCAAUAAUUCAAUAUUAAUAUGUUCAACAUCAAAUCGUGGUGGUUCAUGUCAAUUACGCUCAUUAAUUAAUCUUAAUUUAAUAAAAAAUUCUUCACAACGUGUUGUUUCAUCAUCACCAUUUUAUCCAUCAGUUGGUAUUAUUAAUAAAAAUAAUCAAAUAUUAUACAUAUCAAAUACAUAUGAUUCAAUAUGUGAUCCAUUUUAUGAAAUUCCAACAAUAAGUGGUCGUCAUUUAAUCAAUAAUGAAUUUUUAUCAAUUAUCAAUUUAAAUUCUGGUCAAUCAGCAUUACAACAAUCAACAUAUACAUUACGUUUAUUAAAUAUACGUUUAAUAAAAGAUUUUUUUCUUUAUUAUUUAUAUGCAUUUGAAUAUAAACAUUUUUCUUAUUUUUUAACUAUACAACAAUCUGAUGUUCACCAUACAGGAAAAUAUAAAUUACAAACAAAAAUUUUACGUUUUUGUCAAACAUUAAAGCAAUCGAUUAUUAAAAGUUAUGUUGAAUUACCUAUAACAUGUGGAAAAAAUUAUAAUUAUUUAAUAACUGCAAAAUUUUCCAAUGAAAAAAAUAUUUUAUAUGGAUUAUUUCGUAAUACAACAUUAGCAAAUUUGACUAGUACGUCACAUGCUAUAUGUACAUAUUCAAUUGAUUAUAUACAAGAGACAUUUUUUCAAACAAUAAAACGUUGUCUUGUCGAUGGAAAAGGUUAUCGUGGCUUAGAUUUUAUUAGUCCGGAUACACAUUGUAUACCGAGUAAAAAUUUAAACGAUAUAAAUAACGAUUAUUGUCCAGAUGAGAAUGAUAGGUUUUUUCAAUAUCCAAUUGGUGGUCAUCAAUUAAUUGAACAAACUCAACCGAUUAUUGAAUUUAAUGAUAAAGUAAAUUUUACGGCAAUUGAAAUAGGUUCAAAUGAAAAUGAUACGAUAAUUUUUGUGGGUGAUGAUAAUGGAACUGUACAUACGUUUCAAACUUCCAAUACAAAUGAUAUUUAUAAACAAAAUUUUCAAUCGAAAAUUAUCAUUGAUUUGAAGUUGAUUCAUAAAAAACCAACGUUAAAAAAUGCUAAUCUUAUUGUACUCACUGAUAAUCAGAUAAUUAAGCAAAAUUUAAGUAUAUGUGAACAGUAUACAACAUGUAAUGAUUGUUCAAAUGUUGCACUUUGUCAUUGGUGUUCCAAAGAGAAUAAGUGUACAGCUACAUAUGAAUGUGUACAUGAUAAUCCGAGAAAUGAUCGAAUUAAUAUGUGUACACAUAUCGAACGAGUUAUUCCACAAACAGUAUCAUUAAAUACACUACAUACUGAAUUACAAGUUAUUUUCAAUAUUCCAUUACGAAAUAAUAGUGUCGAUGAAUAUAUGUGUCGAUUCGGUUUUAAUGAUCAAGAAGAACCGUACCAUACAAAAGCAAUUCUUAAUCGUAAUAUAGUAAAGUGUUUUCCACCUAUAUUAAACAAUACGGAUCGAGCUAUUUAUAAUGUUAUUUUAUCAAUUGAUCAUAUAAAAACAAAUGUAACAUUUGGACAUUAUAAUUUAAUAUUUAUAAAUUGUUCGAAUUUUCAUUCAUGUUCAUCUUGUACAUUAUAUUCAAAUUUAUGUUUAUGGAAUCGUGAUAUAGUAAAAUGUAUUUUUCAACAAGAUGAUCGAUUUAUAUCAGCAAAUAAUCAAUCUUUUAUAAUCAAUCCUAAUCAAUGUCCAUCUAUAUAUUUACAACAAACUAUAAAUCGUCUAGUUUAUCAUAUUGAUAAAACAUUAUUUAUUCAUAUUGAACAAUGUAAUCAAUCGACAGAAAUAAAAUCUUGCCAUUUAUAUGAUUAUCGAAAACGUUUUUCAUUGAUUGAAACAAAACCAAUGUUAAUUCGAUCAAUUAAUGAAAAUAAUUUAUGUUUAUUAAAAUGUUUAUUUCAAUGGUCAAAUUCGAAUAAUUUUCAUCAAAUAUCAUUUCAUCGACCAUUAAAUCUUCAUUUAUCAAUACAAUUUUCAAAUAAAACAAUAUCUAUUAUACCAAAUACUCAUAUUUCUUUAUAUCAUUGUGAACAUAUGGCAUUAAAUUGUACAUCAUGUUUACAACUUGAUCCAUCAUAUGAAUGUAGUUGGUGUAAUAAUAUGUGUAUGUUUAAAAAUCAAUCAGAAAAAUGUUUAAAUAAUCAAGAAUGUUUAUUACCAGUUAUUCUAACAAUUGAACCAUUGGUUUUACCAAUGAAUGGUGGAACGCUAGUGACAAUUAAAGGGAAAAAUUUUGAUUUAUUUGGCUUAUCGAUUCAAAUAGCAGAUAUACCUUGUCAAUUAAUUGAAGAAGAAAGCUCGAAUAAUAAAAUCGUAUGUCAAUCAGGUAAUGCUGGAUUAACGUUUCAUACUGGCGUUGUUGGUUUAGCAUUUGGUCUUCAUGGUCCACGAAUUUCUUCUCAUCAAAUAAUUUCUUAUUUAAAUCCAAAAAUAAAUUCAAUCGAACCACUUAUCGGUAUUCAAAGUGGUGGUACAGUUUUAACAAUUUAUGGUGAAAAUUUUACUAUAGGUAACAGUCAUAUAUCAGUCUUUAUUGGAAAUCGUUCAUGUCAAGUAUUAUCAAUAUCUCAAAUAAAAAUUGAAUGUGAAACAAAAUCAUUUCCUCGUUCAAUGCUACAUGAAAAUCAAACAAUAAAAAUACUUUUUGAUCGACAAACAAAAUUAACAUACAAGAAUCUUUUUACCAUUGUUCCAAAUCCAAUUCUAUAUUCAUUUAAUAAAAAUGAUCAAUAUAAAAGUUUUACAAGUGGUGGUCAUAAAAUAAUUAUUUUUGGUGAAAAUUUUAAUACAAUACAAGAUAUUCAAUUAGAAUUUAAACAUCUACUAUUUGUUUCACCUUUAUUUCGUAAUAAUACACAUUUAAUAUUCUUAACACCAUCGAUUGAAGAACUUCAUUCAAAUUAUCAACAACAAAUUGAAAUAAAAAUUUAUUUAGAUAAUUUUAAUAAAACAUCAUCAUUAAUUUAUAUAAAUGAUCCAAUUAUUCAUGAACUUGAACCUAUGUUACAAACAUAUACAAAUGAAUUAAUGAUUCAAGGCACAAAUUUAACUGCUAUUGGGCAUACAAAAAAUCAAAUUAUUGUACAUAUUGGUUGUGAUUUAUGUACUAUUAUUCAUCUUCAAGCUGAUAAAAUUAUUUGUCAACCACCUCAGUAUCGUCCAGCAAAAUAUUCGAAAACAAAACGUCUUUGCUAUACAUCAGAACAUCCAUCAAUUAUCGUCUCUAUUGAUAAUAUACAUAGACAUAUUGGAUUUAUGAUUUAUCCAAAAAAGCUUAUUAUUUUCGGUGUUAUCAGUGGAUGUUUAUUCACAAUAGUAUUUAUUGUUUUGAUCAUUCUUCUAAUCGUCUCUUUAAAAACUCGUUGUGUUCAACGAAAAUAUUCUCAACAAUACUUUUAUACAAAUAGUAUAAUACCUCAUGAGCUUCAAAAAGAUAAACCCUAUCAAACAAUAAAUUCAUCGCCAACAAUACGUCCUAUUCGUUCGUACUUAAAUUAUUUACAAUUUUGUUAUUAUUAUAAUCAUUUAACAUCUAAUAAAACAAAAUUUAAUUUAAAACAAGAUAUAAUUGAUCAAUUUAAAUUUUUUAUUGAAAAUAAUGAACAAUUCAUUGAUUAUCUUUUUAAACUUUCAAUUCAAUUAAAUAAUAAAACAAUUCUUAAUAAUCUUAUUUUAAUACAAAGAUAUAAUUUAAAAAGAUUAUUUAAAUUUAAUCAUCCUUUUAUUUAUUUUAAUAUAUGUAUAUUAACAUCAUAUGAUACAUUUUUAAUAAAUCAAAUUGAUUUAUUAUUAUCUAAUCUUUAUUCUCAAUUAAAAUUUAAAAUUCAUAGUGGACCUAUCGAUGCUAUUGAACAAACAAUAUCCUAUUAUUCAUUAAAUAUUGAUACAAUUUUACAUGAACAUUCGAUACGAUUUAAAACAAUACAAUUAAUUGUUCAUAUUGAUUUAAAUGAUAAUAAUUCAAAUGACUUAUUAUUUAAUAUUGCAUGUUUAACAUGUGAUACUAUAUCUCAAGUUAAACAAAAAAUUCUUCAUCAAUUUAAUUCAUUACAUCGAAUCUCAAUAAAUGAAUGUAAACUGUAUUUAUUAACAAAACAUUCAUGUUCAACUUCAUCAUCAUCAUCAUCGUCGUCGUCAACAGCAUCAUCAAGUGUGCCAUUAACAAGAAAAUCAAUGUUAACAAAAGUGUUUUAUAAUCGUACAAUAAACUAUUCAACAGCAAUAAUUAAUGAUUCAUAUCGUGAUUCACAUAUUUUAUUAUUAAAUGAUAUUGAUAAUACAAAUGAACAAGUCCAUAAUGGAAAAAAAUUAAAUACUUUACAGCAUUAUGGAAUUAUUACAGAUGGUUAUGAAGUUAAAUUAGUUUUUUCAAAGAAGCAAAUUAAUGAUGUGAAUAAUAGUUUAAAUUUGAGAAAUACUCUUCGACCUUCUUGUCAUUACUGUUCAUUAUCAACAUCCAAUGAUAAAAUAAUUUUUAAUUAUCUAACAUCACUUUCAUUAUCUAAUGUAGAUGCAUGUUUCUUAUAUGAUCGAACACAUUAUAUUCAUUUAUUAAAUCAUACCUAUGAAGAAAUAGAUGGUGAAUUAGGUAAUUUAUUAAUGAAUAAUAAUUGUAAUGAAACAUAUCGUUUAUUUGAAACGAAAUCAAUGAUAAAUUCAUUGUUAAUUAAAUUCAUUGAAAUUUUAUUUACAAAUCUUUUUAAUAAUGAUACAUUUUUGAGUGAAUUGAUGGAACAAUAUUCCCAAAUUUUCCAUCAAUAUUAUGCUCAUUUUAUUCCAUUUAUUUUGCAAAAUUUAGAUUGUUUAUAUGAUAUAUCAAUUGAUAAAUGUUUAAAUAGUUCAUUGAAUAUUGUUGCAAUGAUUUUUCAAAUAGCUUGUUGUCAACAGUAUGAACAAGAAUGUUCAUUGUGCAUUGAAUUUUUAAAUAAUAAGAAUUCUAAUGCUAACAUACAAAAUUGUACAUUAUUAUUUGCUGAUGAAAUACAGCGUGUUCGAUUAUAUUAUUCAAAUUUAGAACAAUGUUUAAAUAAUAAAAAUUUAUCAUCGGAAUAUUCAUCAACAGAUACAGGUAUUGAUAAAAAAUUUGAAUUAGAUAAUUCGAUUUAUCAUAAUCUCUUUGAAUAUUCAUGUUUACAUGCUGAUGAGAUUAUUGAACAUUUGAAAAAUCAAUUGUCCGAUACUCAUACGCUAUCAAUAUUUCUUAAUUUCGUAAAAAUAUAUCGAUCAAUUGAAUUGACUUGA